AUGGCAUCGACGACGCAGCAGCAAGUGGCGCUCAAGAUCGCAUUUAACGGGGACAUCCACCGCUCGCGCGUGGAACUGCGCAGCUUCUCGCUGCUGGAGCUCACGCAGAUCAUGGCCCAGACGUUUCGUCUGCCCUUGGGGCACUUUGUGGUGCAGUACCGCGACCCUGAGGGCGAUUGUAUCAACGUAGUCACCGACGCGGAUCUAUCCGAAGCCGUGCGGGUCUUUCAAGGCGCCCAGCAAUCGCUCAAGUUCUCGGCCCUUACGAGACGUCAAGUGGAGUUCCAAGAGCAGGUCACGGAUCCUCUGGUCGCGUCCGUGGAGCAGCUCAUGCAGGCGCUGGCCGUGACGCUCGAGAAGCUCAAGCUUGACGCGCACUUUGCGUCGAGCGCUGCGCCGGACAGGAGCAUGCCACUGGAUCAGACCAUGCGUGACACUGCAGACUCGCCCAAGACAGCGGCUAGCGGCUUCUCUAGCUUUGCACAGGGCCUUGUGGGCCAGAUCAACCGCUUCAUUCCAGAGAAGAAGGCAGGCGAGGCGACAGCUGCUGUGCCUGUGGUGCAGGUAGAAGUGCCUGAACCAGAGCACAAGGUGCAGGCCGAGGUGGCACCUCCUGCGCCACCUGUUGUCUGUAUGGAGGAGGAGGUGGUUCCAGCUCCACUGGCUCAGGAGAUGGAGGAGACGCCGUCGAUUGCGUCGUCUGUGGCGUUCUCGGAGGUCGAAGUCAAGUGGGCCGAGCAGCUGUCGAUCGUGAGUGGCAUCCUUCCAAACGUCCACCCGACGCGCAUUAUCGACGUCCUGGAGAAGAGUGGCGGCGACCUCAACGUUGUGCUCAACGUGCUGACCGAGGAGAACUGA